AUGGUGGAGCUCCUGGAGCUGGGGGCGGGGCCUCUUUCGCAAGUGCUCAAGUUGCUUCCCAGCGUACAAGACCUCUGCCGCUGCCGCAUGGUCUGCCGCGCACUGCACCAUGCAGUUCAAGACGACACUGUGUGGCAGGCCAAGGCCCUGGAGCUGUACCCGGCGGAGACAGAGCUGGUGCAGGACGACAACUGCGAGCACGCGGCGCUGUUCCUGCCCCUGGUGGGGCGCUCGUGCCGCUACAAGAUGAACCAGCCGCACUACUUCUUCGAGUGCCUGAUGCUGGGGCUGGAGUGGAACCGGGCGGAGCACACCUUCCGGCUCUACAUCGAUGCCCGGGGGGAGGUUGACCUGCGGCAGCCGGGGGAGAGCAGCAUGGGGUUCAUGGUGCACCGGGGCGGCGCACCAGACCGCUCGGCGAUGCGGGAGCGCCUGCUGGAGCUGGAGGCACGGCGGCAGGAGGUGCUCCGGCAGCUGGCGGCGGCGCAGGCGACGGACUGCGUGAGCGCUGUGGCGCGGGUGGAGCACCAGCUGGCGCGGUGCGAGGGCCAGAUGCAGCAGGUGACGCUGGACCUCGCCCGCCACCUGGAGCUCAGCUUUGCAGACCUGCUGACGGUGGUGCGCCCGUCGGGGCCACCGCUGCUGGGCUACCUGGAGUUUGACAGCCUGAACAAGAUCGACGUGCUGCUGCGCGAGCUGCCCGACAGUUACGCCAGCAAGCAGCACGCGGUGGCGCACGGCGUGGACCUCUGCUUCUGCUACGCCAACCCCAUCCCCGUGAUGCCCCACGGCGCUCUGGUGGAUUAUGAGCCUGCGGUUGUGGUCACAGUGCCGCCUGGGGCCAGCCUGCUGAGCGUCUUCAAAGCGGCGGGACGCUACGUGGCGCCCGGCCAGGGGCUGCAGGAGCUGGAGCAGGAGGGCCCAGAGGCGCGGCUGCAGCGGUGGGACCACCUGCCGCUGGAAGUGAUGGCACGGCAGCCGCCCUGGCUGGUGUGA